AUGUCCUUCUUCCAGAAGUCUUCGCCCGUCUCUGCUUCUUCCGCUGCUCGAGAAAAGGUCUCUUCUGAUAACCAACACUCCUCCCCUCUGAAAGAGACCAAAGCCAACUCUUUGCCAAAGAUGAAGGCCUCUGCCAAAUUCUCCACCCCAGUGCCCUCCAGCGAUGCUCCAGAACCCACAAGCUCGCAGGAGAAUAUGGAUUCGACUGUCAAGCGAACCAAGGGCAAGGCUUCUGAACCUAGAUCUGUCAAAGACGAAGAGAGCGAGAUAGCUCCCAGUAGUCCCAUCCGAAAGGGGAAGAGAGCUGUCAACUAUGCCGAAUCUUCCGAUGACGAUGAACCCUUUGCCUAUGGAGCGGCUUCACAGACUCGGCGGCGUGGUAGAGCCGCCCGCAACGUUGUCAGAGACGAAGACGAAUACGGUGGAAGCGAUACAGCCGAGCAAGAAGAAGAAGCGCUAACAAGAGUUGCAGAUGACAUGGACGACUUUGUUGUGUCAGAUGAAUCAGACGGAGAGGCUUCUCGGUCCAAGAAGAGAAAGCGACCUUCGAAGCCUCAAUCGGCACGCAAGCGCACAAACCUUUCGUCUUCUCCCAAGGAAGACGUAGAGCUGAAUACUACGAAUUUUGACGAUGAUGACAUGGAUUUGGACGAUAUUCCUGCUGGAUCUACAGCCAAGCAAUGGUCUUACAAUCCAGACUCUACUGAAAAGCAAGCCGUCGUCAAACCUACCGAACGAGUCGCUACAAAGGACCCCAAGGUGAAGGAAAAGGCGUACAUGAAGGAGCCUGACGAGCGUUAUACUUGGCUCGCGAACAUUCGAGACAAAGAAAAGCGCUCGCCCACUGAUCCUGACUAUGACCCACGAACUCUUUACAUCCCUCCCAUCGCGUGGAGUAAGUUUUCACCCUUUGAGAAGCAGUAUUGGGAGAUUAAACAAGAUCUUUGGGAUACCAUCGUUUUUUUCAAGAAGGGCAAGUUCUACGAGCUUUAUGAAAAAGAUGCAACCAUUGGCCACCAAGAAUUCGAUUUCAAGAUGACUGAUCGAGUCAACAUGCGUAUGGUCGGUGUCCCAGAGGGCUCACUGGACCACUGGGUCAAUCAGUUCAUCGCCAAGCAGUACAAGGUGGCCCGUGUAGAGCAGAUGGAGACCAACUUGGGCAAGGAGAUGAGAGAGCGCCAAGACAAGAGCGGCAAAAAGGCUGACAAAGUCAUUUCUCGAAAACUUGGCUGUAUCCUGACUGCGGGAACCCUGGUUGAUGGUGGCAUGCUCCAAGACGACAUGGCGGCUUAUUGCGUUGCAAUUAAGGAAUCUGUUGUGGAUGAUUUACCAGCCUUUGGCAUUGCCUUCACAGAUACUGCUACCGGUCGAUUCUAUCUGUCUGGGUUUGUCGACGACGUUGACCGAACCAAGUUUGAAACACUGGUCGCUCAGAUUGGCCCCCGAGAGCUUUUGUUGGAGAAAUCCGGCUUAGCGACAAAGUCUCUUCGCAUUCUCAAGAACAACACUAGCCCUACCACUAUAUGGACAAAUCUUAAACCAGGUACAGAGUUUUGGGAUGCAGACACCACUAGACGAGAACUCGCUUGUGCAAAAUACUUUGUUAGGGAAGAAGACGAAGAGGAUAUUUGGCCAGAAGCGCUCCAGGAACUCAAGGAUGACGACCUUGUCAUGUCUGCCAUUGGUGGUCUUGUUUCCUAUCUUCGAUUCCUCAAGUUGGAAGGCCCGUUGUUGUCGCAAGGCAACUUUGAGAUUUACAACCCUAUCCAAAAGAACAGCACACUUGUUCUCGACGGCCAGACACUGACCAACCUUGAACUAUUCGCAAACACUGUUAACGGCAAUACCGAUGGCACCUUGUUUGGUCUACUUAAUAAGUGCAUAACACCUUUCGGCAAGCGUCUAUUCCGCCAGUGGGUUGCUCAUCCGCUGUGUGACAUUGAUCGCAUCAACGAGCGUUUGGAUGCCGUCGAGUUGUUGAACGACGAUCCGUCCGUCCGCGAGCAGUUUGCCUCCCAGCUGGUCAAAAUGCCCGAUCUUGAACGACUGAUUUCACGUAUCCACGCCGGCGCUUGCAAGCCCGAAGAGUUCGUCCGCGUUCUCGAAGGUUUCGAGCAAAUCGAGUAUACCAUGACUCUUGUUGGUGCCUUUAAAGGUGGAAACGGUCUAAUUGAUAGACUCAUUUCGUCGAUGCCAAACCUAGAGGAGCCCCUAGCAUACUGGAGCACGGCAUUCGAUCGUCAGAAAGCAAAGGAAGAGAAACUUAUGAUCCCAGAGAGCGGCGUCGAUGAAGACUUUGACGCCAGUGCGGCCCGAAUUGAGGAGGUGAAGAAUCAGCUAAAUGAUUUGUUGGCCGAGAAGAAGGCGGAGCUCAAAUGCAAGACGCUCAAGUUUACAGAUAUCGGCAAGGAAAUCUAUCAAAUAGAAGCGCCAAAGAGUGUCAAGAUCCCAUCCAGCUGGCGCCAAAUGUCUGCAACCAAGGAUGUCAAGCGAUGGUAUUUUACUGAACUCACCGGCCUUGUUCGAGAGCUCCAGGAAGCUGAAGAAACGCACUCCCAGCUCAUCCGGGAGGUUGCGUCGCGAUUCUGCAAGAAAUUCGACGUUGACUACGAGACUUGGCUGAAAGCCAUCAAAAUCAUCGCCCAGCUUGACUGUCUAGUCAGUCUUGCCAAAGCCUCGAUGUCACUUGGAGAGCCAAGUUGCAGGCCGCAGUUUGUCGAUGAAGAACGUAGUGUCCUGGAGUUUGAAGAACUGAGACAUCCUUGCAUGAUCAAUACGGUGGAUGAUUUCAUUCCAAAUGACAUCAAGCUCGGUGGUGACCAGGCCAAGAUUAACCUGCUUACCGGUGCCAACGCAGCUGGUAAGUCUACAGUUCUCAGAAUGUCGUGCAUUGCCGUCAUCAUGGCUCAAGUUGGUUGUUUCGUUCCGGCCAAGUCGGCUCGUCUCACUCCCGUUGAUCGCAUCAUGUCACGCUUGGGAGCCAACGACAACAUUUUCGCUGCACAAUCCACCUUUUUCGUGGAGCUCUCUGAAACAAAGAAGAUUCUCGCCGAGGCUACUCCUCGCUCACUCGUCAUUCUUGAUGAGCUGGGCCGAGGAACAAGCUCAUACGAUGGCGUAGCUGUCGCACAAGCUGUGCUGCAUCAUGUGGCAACUCACAUUGGCUGUAUCGGCUUCUUUGCGACGCACUACCAUUCUCUUGCUACUGAGUUUGAGAAUCAUCCAGAGAUUCGCGCUCGCCGCAUGCAGAUUCAUGUUGACGAUGAAGAACGUCGGAUAACGUUCUUGUACAAGCUGGAAGAUGGGGUUGCAGAGGGCAGUUUCGGCAUGCAUUGUGCCGCCAUGUGUGGCAUCUCAGACCGCGUCAUUAAGAGAGCUGAAAUAGCCGCAAAGGAAUGGGAGCAUACCAGCCGUUUGAAGGACAGCUUGGACAAGGCCAAGACAGGAUGCUACAUUCCACUGGGCAUUCUCAGCGAUGUCUGUUCUUUGCUUGGGAACAAAGGUGAUGUCGGUGCGAAGGGAGUUGAGGUUUUGCUUAAAGCCAUUGAAAGCCUAUGA